CUUUUGUUUAGUAGCGCUCAGCUGCUGGAGAGGUGAGCACCACUCUGGCGCUCAUCCACUCAUCGCGGCUGCUGCCUCGGCUCGUCUCCGAAAGAAGCGAGGACACUGACAGUCACCCCUUGCAUGCAAAACGAUACCGUGCUCCCGGUUUCUGCCUCCCUUCCCGACACCCAGAGCUGCUUCGUUUUGACCCGCACUUGCAGGGCUUUUACGCGUCGUUGGAUGGUUUCAGCUCCCUGUCUGUGGCGCUAUCACCUGCACCGUAUCAGACCGACGCUCCUGUAAGGCUACAGCGCCGCUCUACAUUCCUCUGGACUGGACCUCAAUUCAUCCGAAAGGUGAAGGUGCAGCAGGAUGCAGGGCGUUCUGCCUGUGUGUGGACUCCAGCCCCUGCUGGCCCUCCUUCUGCUUCAAACUGUGGGAUGUGGCAUAAUCAACGCCGACACAAUGGUGAAUAUGCGGAAGGUGACCCAUCAGACCAUUAGUGAGGAGCUGUCCAAAACCGUUCUCCUCCCCUGCCUCUUCACUCUCCGCCCCAGUGCCAGUUCAUCCCAUGAGCCCCCCAGGAUCAAGUGGACUAAGGUUUGGGGCCAGAGAGGCUCUGACGGACUGCAGAGGGAACAGUCGGUCCUGGUGGCCAAAGACAAUGUGGUCAAGGUGAAGAAGGCCUUCCAGGGACGUGUAACCCUGCCUGGUUACAAUGAGAACCGCUACAACGCCAGUCUUGCUCUGUCAGGGCUACGUUCUAGCGACUCUGGUCUGUACCGCUGUGAGGUCGUGGUGGGCAUCAAUGAUGAGCAGGACACAGUUCCCCUGGAGGUCAUAGGUGUGGUAUUUCACUACCGGGCCCCUCAUGACCGCUACACCCUGUCCUUCGCUGACGCCAAGAGAGUGUGUGUGGAGAACUCAGCGGUCAUCGCAACACCAGGCCAGCUGCAGGCCACCUUCGCUGAUGGCUAUGACAACUGCGAUGCUGGCUGGCUGUCUGACCAGACUGUGCGGUAUCCCAUCCAGUCGCCUCGGCCUGGUUGCUAUGGCGAUCGCGAGGACUCACCUGGAGUCCGUAACUACGGCAAUAGGUCCCCUGAUGAGCUGUUUGAUGUCUACUGCUUUGCUAAACAGCUUCAAGGAGAGGUCUUCCACUCCACAGUGCCAGAGAAGCUGAGCCUGGCUACAGCCUCCACCUACUGCCAUUCCCUGGGAGCCCAACUGGCCACUGUCGGGCAGCUCUACCUCGCCUGGCAGGCUGGCCUGGACCAGUGUGACCCCGGCUGGUUGGCUGACAGCAGCGUCCGCUAUCCUAUCAACGUCCCGCGGAAGAACUGUGGCGGAGACGAGCCCGGGGUGCGGACUGUCUACAACAACCCCAACCGCACCGGCUUCCCCGAUACCACAGCCCUGUUCGAUGCCUACUGCUAUGAAGCCCACCAGCCAGCAGGGGUCCAGGCUGCAGAGGCACAGGGUUUGUACCAGACCGCCAACCAGGCAGCAGAGGCCAUCUCCUCAGUCACUGAAGCCCAGCGUAGUGCCCCUUUUUCCAAGUCCUCCACCUGGACUGGCCUGGUUGACUUGGACAACACACAAGUCCACUCCAUUGCUGAAAUCAGCAACUCCUCUGAGAUCUCUGAAGAGCAUGUAGUUGUCCACAUAAGGCCAGAGGAGGGCUGGGGUGGAAAACAGGAUGGACCCAGAACCAGCCAACCCAGCCAGGAGGAGUCUGAUGGCUCAGAAAGUAGUAACACCUUGGCCCUUUCUGACCUCGGGAGCCUGGAGAGCCAUGGAGGUUCUGCUCAUGAAGAAGAAGAUGGUGGCUAUUUUGGAACAUCUGACACCCCAACAUUUUCCUCCAUAGCUUCUUCCACUCCCCAGCCUCAGACAAGUAACAGUGUGUUGGCUGAGUUCGUUAACACUCUGAUGAGGCCCUUUAGGUAUUGGACUGGAGGUGAGGAAACAGAAAAGGGACCUUCAGUGCUUGAGGAAAAAGCAGGAGAGAACCAGACGCAGGGAGAAGCAUCCCUCAGAAACUUGAGUAUACCAAAACCCAGUGGAAACAAGGGCAGCAUGGACAAUGCCAUCAUGGAGCACAGGAGUGGUAGUUUUUCCUUCAGGGCUCCUACCAGUGGACUACAUAGUCCAGAGGAAGGUCUCUCUGAGCAAGAGAAAGAGGUGAUGCCACUGAUUCGUUUAGUGCCUGCAGUCCAAAGCACAGGGCAAAGUGACACCACCACUCAGCCAGGAAAACAAGCCUCCAGCACAUCGGCUGGCAACCUUCCAUCCGCUGUUAAUGAAUUCACUGCAUCAGGUCCCAGCGAGAGAUCACCACCCAGUGAACAUGUCAACUUAUCCGGACCUCAGGGUCCCAGAGGAGGCCCGGUCUUUGCUACCACCCCCAGCAGCCACUUUCGGUGGGCCAUCAAGUCCAUGCGUGGCUCCAAACUAGGCCCCCCAGGAAAUGUGGCCCAUGUGGGUAAAGGUCCCACCUGGGAGCCUAUGGAAGCCAAAGCAGGGCCACUCGAGGUGAUGACCCUUCCCACCUCCCUUCGACAAGACAACCCAGAAAACUAUUCAGGCCAGGGGAGGGACCAGGACGGAGAAGAUGCUAACGCUCAAUCAGCUGCCAGAACUGCAUCAGGGGAGGAGAGGGAGAUAGAGGGGAGCAGUGAAGGGACCAACUUUCCUGGUAGGUUUGGAUUGAAAGCCAACAACUUAGACAGUAGUGGUGUCAAACUGAGUCCUGAAACAGAGUCUUCACUCAGCCAAAGCCAGACUGAGCUUGUGACUGUGGCAGAGCACACUACUCUGUCCCAGUGGCAGCUAGUGGAACAGCCCACAACCCCACCUCUGGGCUCCCAGGAGCCAGACAUAGCAGAGGAGGCCAGGGGAGAGAUCCUCUACGUCCACCGGCCUACUGAUAACCUCUCCCCUGCUUCUUCACGAAGAGGAGAAGGUAGUUCAAAUUCAGGUUUCACUCCUGUUUUUAGGAAGCACAGCAAAGGCACAAGCAGAAAGGAGGUGGUGACUUCCACCCCUGAAGCCCUAAUGGAGGUGCUGACAACCUCUGAGGUGACCACAGUGGAGCUUCUGACAACCAGAGACACACAGAGGACGGAUCCUAUUACCACAGCAACCACUGCAGAAAAUUCCUCAGACAGAACCACCACAGAUGAGCCAUCUAUUUCCAUUUCAUGGGUUCAGGAAGAGAAGGAGAAAUCAACAAGCACACCUGACCAGCAGGACCACCUCUCAGAUACCACAGCACCGAGUGAGGGAUCUCAAACAGCUACAGGUGUCAUUCACUUGACUACCUUCACGUCAGACUCCAACAUUGGCGCCACAGAAAUGGAAUCCAGGUCUGCAGUGUCUGAUUCCUUCGUGGUUGGAAGUCGGUGGACACCUUUCAAAGGCAUGAGCCCAAAGUCAGAGGAACACAAGGCUUUGGUGACGAUAGGCAACGAAGACAACAAAGACACAAACAACCCUUUCGGCAUUCUGGUACCCAACUGGGCCUUUGGGCUCAUCCCAUCAGUGGAGAAUAACCCAUGCCAGACCAACCCCUGUCUCCACGGAGGGAGCUGCCUGCAGGAAGGUGAUGGCUAUAGCUGCUACUGUCCUCAGGGCUUCUCUGGAGAGAGCUGCGAGAUCGGUGAGUCACUGCCAGACAUUGAUGACUGCCAGUCUAAUCCUUGCCAGAAUGGAGGAACCUGCAUUGAUGAGAUCAACUCCUUUGUAUGUCUUUGUCUGCCCAGCUACGGAGGAGCUACUUGUGAGAAAGAUACCGAGGGCUGCGAGCACACGUGGAGGAAGUUCCACGGCCACUGCUACAGGUACUUCAGCCGGAGACACACCUGGGAGGACGCCGAGAAGGACUGCAGGGAGCACAGCGGCCACCUGGCCAGUAUCCACAGCCUGGCCGAGCAGAACUUCAUCAGAGGUCUAAGCCAUGACAACACUUGGAUCGGGUUAAAUGAUCGUACAGUGGAGGACGACUUUCAGUGGACUGACAAGAUGGACCUGCAAUAUGAGAACUGGCGUGAAAACCAGCCAGACAACUUCUUUGCUGGAGGAGAAGACUGCGUAGUUAUGAUUGCUCAUGAGAACGGCAAAUGGAAUGACGUGCCCUGCAACUACAAUCUGCCCUACGUCUGCAAGAAGGGAACAGUGCUUUGCGGAGCCCCACCCACUGUGGAUAAUGCAUUCCUGAUUGGUCGGAAGCGUUCCCACUAUGACAUCCACUCUGUAGUGCGCUACCAGUGUGCCGAUGGCUUCCUGCAGCGCCAUGUGCCCACUGCUAAGUGUCGUGCCAACGGCAAGUGGGACCGGCCUAAAAUCAUCUGCAUAAAAUCCCGACGAGCCCACCGUUACCGGCGCCACCACCACAAGGGCAGGAGGGAGCGCAGGAAGCACAAGAGGCAUGGCCACAGAGAGGGAGGUCACCACGGAGGAGGGCCGGGCCAGGGCCACAACCACGCCCACUUCUGAACCAAAAAAAAACACCCCUUUUACUUUUCUCCUCUGCUGCCAACUGCAGUUUGCCUGUCUCCCUGUCGUCCCUUCCUCUCGUCGCAUUUCCCCAAACACUACUUCACACCUUACAGCCCAAAACUCUCUGCCUAAUCCCCCUCCCUGCACCGCACUGCCCUGCCCUUAGCUCCACCCCUGGCUCUCCGAGUCAGCUUGUAUCAUAGUCAACUCUGAGGCCUGUCAAAGUGCUGCCAGGCGUCACCGGGACAACAACAAAAUCCCUUUGUACGCUUUUUGCUUUCCUCUUCCUGUUUUACUUUCUUGUCUUAACUUGUCUGUCUCUCACCUACCCUCUAACUCGACCCAGUUACUCCUCCUCCGAGCUCAACGAUGACCUGAAACAUGGGGCUACGCUGACCUGUUUUUGAAAAAAAAAAAAAAAUACCUUUGAGAUCCACACCGAACAUUCUUCGGAGAGAAGUGGUUUAGUACAAACUAUAAAUAGGGACGACAUCGCUGAAAAUGCCAUAUCAAAAUCAGACGAGUCAAGGAAGACAUCCAUGUUGUGACUUGAGCCUUUGUCUUUUGAACACGCAUUAUUUUUUACACAUAUUCAGUGUUUAUUUCUUGACUCUGCUGCUUUUGGUUUGCUCUUUGUAAGACAUUGUGCUUGACUUAAAUCGAGUUAUUCUGAAACAGAUUUAAUUGAUUUACUUUGAAUCAGAGGCAGUUGUAAUUGAAUUAUUUGAUUGUUAGCGUUGUAUCUUCUUGUCAGUGUAAGACAGUUACUUUAGAUCAGAUGCUAAACCCCCAGAGAAAAAUGGAAAACACAUUGCAUCCCAAUUCAGUUUCAUCACAUCGCAUCACACAUCAGUCAUUUAUUUAAGUGUCGAACAAUCUCAAACAGCUCUUGCUGUGUCAGACAUCCACCCCAGUCAUUGUCAAGAGUUAAUUUCAACCUUUGAUGUCAGUUUGUCACAACUCUGCUCAACAUUCCCACAUUUGCUUUGCCUUUUCUCCUAAUUUGUGUUGCUGUGAGAAUGUGUGCUGUGAAUUAAUGGAGGUGAUGCAGCAGGGCGAAGUUCCUCUCACUCAUCUGUUUCUCCUUGAUUUUGGAGUUUUUAACGUGUUUGGUCUGAUAAGGAGAAAUGAUGCUGUCAGCCAGGCAUGAGACAUAGAGAGGGAGACUGAGCAGGUUAUCUAUCUAGAUCCAGUAGCCCCCUCAUAUGUCUCAGCAAGCACAAGAUAUGACAAGUCUAUGCACAGAGUUUGGCUACACUGCAAAAAACACGUCAUUAAAAGUCUCGAUAUUUUACAUUCAGCCAUUCAAAACAUUUUUAGUGCAUUUUACCAUUGUGACAGUAUUUUUCCAGGAAAAGUGUCAGUAUAUUGAAACAGGACAGAAUAAGGCGGAUCCCUGUUUUAGUAUAUAGAAAGAAUUGGUCUUUUGUUGAAUCACUAAAAAUGACCUUUGUUUAAAUUUUUCUGACACGUGACCUCUCUCGUCUCUGCAAAUAAUGACGGACUUCUCCCAUUAGCAAAGAUGGUUGUCGGUACAAGCAUCACCUUUCACAUCACAAAUUGUCGCUUGAUCCAUUGUUAAUAACAAAAUUGAUUAGAGCAGCUUUAAAUAUUAGAUUAAAUGACUUGUUAACAUGUAGAACGGGCAUGAAAACUAGCAGAGAGAAGUGUUGAUGUGACGAUUGAAGUGAUGAUUGUUAGAUCAUGAAUCAAAGCUGUGUACACAGGGUAUGAGGAUGACGGAGAUGUUGAGAUCUCUCUCAUCUCACUGUGUCUGUGCGUGUGUUUGUGGGCUGUGUGUGUGUGUGUUUAUGAUUGAGGAUGUUGACAGUGGCUGAAGUCCCAGCGGAUGAUGAUAGAGAGGGUCAGCAGAGAUUAAGGCUUCCCAUUUCUGGGGCAGACAGUCUCACAGCUGUUCACACCUGUGCUCGCUCCUGCCGCGCGUCCUGCUUUAAAGAGGGGAUUGAGACGGAUAGAACAAGCGCUUUGCUCUCUUUUCCUUCCCUUUUACUGCCGGGUUAAAUUUGUGUUUUUUAAAGCCAGCACUUGAGGUUGGAGCUUCUGGGAUUAUGUCCCAAACACUGACUCCAGCGCUUUUAUCCUUUAUGUUUCUCCAUUUUGUUCUGAUUUUUCCUUCACCACCUCUGACUUUAGUACUUUAUCUUCCUCACUGGACAUUCUUUUCACUGUCACUGUUUUUUACAAUAAAAAAGUAGUGCACACCUAAACUCAGUUUAACCAGCUCUUCAUUGGUGAAAGAGUACACUCAGUGUUUUUCAGCAGCCUUUUGCUCAUCUUGCAAAAAGAACACUAAAGCAGGAUCUGGUUAUAUGAAGUCACAUGAGGUGAGAAAAUCCAUCCUAAUUAAUUCUCUGCCUUUGUUUGUCUCUUCUCACCUUGGCAAUGACAACACUCCUUCACAGGGAGAAGAACAGUGAACCUACACCUCUGUAUCAGUUUAAUUAAUCUACUGCAUGCUUAAUUAACAAGUUGCAUUAUCUGUAGAACCACAGAGCCGUGAUGACAAGGGAAGGGUAAGGUUGACGGACAGCCAGUGGAAGGUUUAGGGUGACGGACGGGAAGCCCAGAGAACUGUCACAGCCGUCAAACCCCUGUCGUUUCUUAGAUGUCAGGCUGCAACGGCCCUCUUUUUUUUCUAUCUGUCCAGGAAAAUGGAUUGAGCACCGGUAGAUGAAUGAAAGGGCAGACAGAAGCCUCUCUCACAGUAAUUCAGAUCAGAGUUGAUGCCCAGAGACAGUGUAAUUACAGUUGUGUAAAGAUUCAGCUGUGUGACAGAAGAGAUUUAGAAAACUUUCUAAAAAAUUAUGUGAAAACAGAGAGCACGAGGAGACAAGUUUGGACAAAAUUGAAUUAAUUAAGACUACUAGUAGGUUAAAUUACAUACUAAUGAAUCAGUGUUUGUUGAGGUUAGAAACAGAUCACCUGUUGGACUGAUGUGUAGUCUGCUGUCUACUUUUUCUUCGCCUCUGCAGAGAUUAUUAGGCCAACUACCAAAAUACCACAGAUUGAUGUUAAACUUCUAUCCUUAAUGACUUGGUAUGAAUGGAUUUUCCACUAAUAAUGUUCUGUUCUGUUUUUCAUUAAAGUUUGAGAAGUUUGAGCAGACUUCUUCAAAAUGUAAUAGACACCACAUAAAAGAUGUGUUUGUGAUGGUGAUGGCCACCCCCUGGGCUGUGUGUGUUUGUGUGUGUUGUGUCUGUAAGGGGACAGCUUGUUUUUGGCACAUCCUCUGGGAAUGGUAAGUUUUUGGUCUGUGUUUUUUUGAAGGUGGAGGUGCUUUCUCACAUCAUCUCUCCGACACUCCCGAAAAUAUCGCUUUUAGUAUUGAAUUCAUGCAAAAACACACACAUUCUUCUUCACACUUUUCCUCUUCAAAUUUCAAACACAUUGACCCUCGCUCUCAGAUGUGUCUGUCUCUCUUCGCUUUAGACUCCCCCUUUUCAUCUCCUCGGCUCACACCUCUCUCUCCUCCCCUCGUUGGUCUUUCUAGAGGAAGCCCUGAGGGCAGGCAGAUAGACAGAGAAGAAGCCCUAUAAUUGUGAGUCUUAAUUAUGAAGAUGAGCGACUUAACAGGGGCUGCUGCCAGCUGUAUCUUGGCUCUGCAACAAGCACCACGCCUGAGGGAAGAGCAGCAGGCAAACCGUUGAACGUCUUAACAGCCAGCAGGCCUCUUGUCAGGCUCAGCUACCUAUCCUAAUUGUGACCGAGUCAUUCACUCACAGCUCACAGUUGACGUCUUCUGAGUUCAGCAGAGAUGAGAUGAGAGUGGGAUUGUGGGGAGUGCGACUACAUCUCUGUGUGUUUGUAGCUGUAACUGUCUGAUUGCACUCUGUCUAAACUGUAACGGCGGGAGCACAACUUAGUCAAAUUUGUUGUAUAUGUUGUGAGGAAGUGUGUGUGUGUGUGUGUAGCUGAAUCAGUGGGACAGAAGGGAUACAAACAAGUCAGAGGAAAUUGACUUUGGGUGCGCUUGGGUCUCAGAGCCGACAGCCGGUGGUUGCAGCAGCAUUCAGAAACACCAGAAUAAUGAUCUUUUCACACAACACAACACAACCAGGCACAACAAAUAAAAAUUGUCAAUGUGAGAGAAAAAAACUCGAAAGGGGAUUGUAGAACUCUUACCUAAUAUCCAAGCAUGAAAUUAUAAUAGAACAACAAAAAAAAAGGAAAUUAGACCUCCUCAAAGUUAAAAACAAGUUCCUUCAAGGCAUAUAAAUUAAUACAGGCAUCAUAAGAUAGGCAUGUAAUAUUUAAAAACAAGAGUAGCAAUUGACCGUUUGCUAAGUCCUGACAGCCACUGUAGAUUUCUGUGUCUGAAAUUAUAACUGUGGCUAGACGAUUUCAACAGCUGUAGCUAGCUAGAUAAUUAAGCUAACAUUUAGCUCCAUGAAUUGAUUAGAAACGCCGUUUCCAGGGGACUUUUUAAAGUUUCCAGCUGACUCGUUUUAAAAACAAGAUCCAUGUUAAAGGGUCUUAAAUAUGUGCUUGACACAUGAUACAUGAUAUCCUACUAAAAGACUGAGGCUAAAGCUACAUGUCCCAGGCAAAGAAUUUGCAUCCUCACCAGUUGAUGAUCCAUGUAGAAGACAUAGAGAUAAACAAACUGCAUUGCUCUUAGCCCUAGCAUUAUUAAGUUUGAUGAGGAAAAAUGUAAGCUUAGACUCUUAUUUCACUCUGACAUGACUCUGUUUGGCUGCUUAGCUUACAUACUUGGACAAGCAAUACAGAAUUAGAUUUAUGCUUUAUUGUUGACAUUUUUAAAUAGUAUGUUUCACUUUUAAACAUUACAAUAGAAAUGGCUUUUAGGAUGAGGGAUGUGUUUGGCGAAUGUAACGCUAGGGUUGCUGAAACAUAAACUUUCCCAAAUCCAAUAAGAGCAGGACAGAGUCACUAAUGUUAGCCCAUACUCUAACAGCACGGCUUCAACAUGUGAUGAAAUGCAAAGCUUGACAGGCCUGCUGUACCUAGUUAGGAUGAGGAAAUGGUCAAUUCUGAAUCGAUAAAUGAGUGGUGCAAUAACUGCUCAUGAUGAUAAAAAAACACUAGAUUAAUUUGUUCUAACACCUCACUUUGCCUGUUCUGUAAUUAUUGCAAAGAUUUAUUGUGUGGGCCUAUUUGCAUAACAGUGUGAAAGAAAACUGAGAAUCUACUUGUACUGUAACAACUGCAUUUAAACGCAGCACUCGUCAGCAAUGACAACGCUGAUGAGAGUGGUAGAGGCUGUUGUCCUCAGUUGCACACAGACAGACUAUUGAUUUCAUGAUUAGGCUGUCUGUCUUGGGUUCCUAUUAAGUCUGUCGAUGGCAUUGAUGGUAGCCUACAAUAGCGUCGACUGACCACUGGAUGUUUUCUAAAUGACAGGAAACAGACUGUCAUAGCUCACUACGCUUCUCUGUGUGAAUAAGCAAACUUGUGUACUCUCCCAUGUAAUUGGUUCUGCUCAAAUGCUGUUUCUGCAUAAUUUGCAUCAUUAUCUUCUCUUAUUCUGAUCUCCAUCUCAUCAGACUUUUCAAAACUCUUUUCAUCCUGUGGACUGCUGCUUCACUUCUUCACUGUUCAGUAUCUAAUGUACAGGUACACUCGGUAGUCUGACAUUGCAUCUCUGUCUGAUAUUGAGUUGAGGCCAUUUAUCAUUGUUGAGAAAACAGCUGUAUUCUGUUGGGAUGGAUGGAUGGAUGGAUGGAUGGAUGGAUGGAUGGAUGGAUGGAUGGAUGGAUGGAUGGAUGGAUGGAUGGAUGGAAAGACAUUACAGUGAGAGAAUGAGACAUGAAAGAGACAAACACAACACAGAGCAGAAACCAACACUCAAACACACCAAACACACUCCUUCUCCUCUAUGAUGUAAAUACUUUUUUCUUUUCCUUAUUUCAAAAUCCAUUUAAACUCUGGGUGUGUUUGUUGCUUAGCCUCUCUGGACCAUUUUCAUACAGCCUCAGUAGAUCCAAAACCAAUCUCCCCCUUUCAAUUUCUGCCUUCUGCUCACACAUACUGCUGUGUUAAACUGCUGCAUCAGAAAAAUAGAGACUCUCCGGUCAACACACACUCUGCAGGAGAGCCAGAAGCGAGGUGGUACUUUACCAUACAGACAAAAAUCACUUCUUUGUCUCUGUUCCCUGUACAGCACUUCAGUUUGCAGCUAGCUGUGUGUUCAUGUCGACUGUGAGCACAAAUACAAUAUAACUGCAACUGACUGCGUCUACGGCUGUUUGAAUCUAGUCCACAACUAUUUAUCCAUAUUUAUUGAUGUAUGUUCUUAUGAAUUCCAGUCCUGUCAUUGUAUUAUAUUCUUUACGAGACAAAUCAUUAAAGGAAACCUUUGUUUGGAUCUGUUA